AUGGCCCACACUUCGUCGGUCUGUGCCCUACUUAACACCCGGCCCAGUGGGGAACAGAGAAUGAAGUUGAUGCAGUACAUGUCUAUUCUCACUACCAUCCAGGACGGGUCUACAUCCCUGUACCUAUCUGCUGAGGAGGACACAGUGGACGUCAUCGAAAAUAAUGAUCGGAAUUUUGUGUGUGUAGUCGUUUUCAAUGUUGUCCACCCUGGCGAUGACCGGCUGGUGCCCGAUCUUAUUGAGCGAACACUUUGCCUUUAUCUGCCUCCUCUUUCUUCCACUCUCCUACUUAGGCCCGGCGUCUAG